AUGCCACCACCUACCUCAGCUGACUGGGGCCUAUCCAUUAAUGGCAAAAAUGGCACCAUCUCAACACCUCCAACUCAAGAUCCUCCCUCUCGCCCAUCGUCUUACGUCUCUCAAGGAGUGCCCCCACGGCGUCCCCUAGGACCCCGUAGCAUGGGUUCCUCUCAUAGUGUCCCUACUCUACCCCCGAAAGUGCCUGUUGAUACAUCUCUUCCUCGCGCUCCAGAUCCAGCUUACAGCCCAAUCUGGACAGUGCCCUCGCAAGGGCCCUCGAACCCACCCAGAACCUCGAUUGAAAGCUCUCGUCCAGUCAAUCCAAGGUAUUCGCAAAUCACGACGUCUCCUCGCGGAAGCCCUAGCCGUGAUGGCUUUGACGACAAUCCUUAUAGAUCGCAAACUCCGAACGGCAUACAUCAGGCCAAAGAGGUUAGAAGUAGUAGUGCAGAUCUGCCUUACAGCACUGUAAUUGAGCCUCAGCAACUGCUCGACUAUCUGCGCAAAUACAAUAUUUUGUUGAUCGACGUGCGUCCACGGGAUCAGUACGAUAGUGGUCAUAUUUAUGCCUCGUCGAUCCUUUGCAUUGAGCCAGUGGCUCUAAAGGAGAACGUGUCGGCGGAGGAACUUGAGGAACGUCUGGUAGUAUCGCCGGAACACGAGCAGUCGCUUUUCGAGCGGCGCAAUGAAUUUGAUAUGGUCGUCUAUCAUGACCAGAGAACGGCAUCGGUCAGCUACCUCGCCGGAUCCCCAGUUGGGACCACAGCUCCUCAUCUUCGAGCGCUGUAUGACACGCUUUACGAAUUCAAUGCUUAUAAGCCGUUGAAGGAUGGGAGACCUCCCGCACUACUACUUGGCGGGCUUGAUGCAUGGAUCGAUCUCGUUGGUCAGCAGUCUCUUGCUACAUCUUCCACUGCUGCCGUGAUCGGAUCUUUGCAAGCAAAGAAGCCAGUCAGGAAACCCGGGCGACCUCUGGGAAGAGUACCCACGAUCGUCAGUGCCAACUCUAGUCUAGAAGUGAGGAAGAGAAGACUGCGCGAAUACAAGCCACUAAACCCCCAAGAACUCACUGAGUGGAUGGAAAAGUCGAAGACGGAGGAGAUCGACCCCGGGACCUAUGUCGGAGAGGAAGCACUUAUGGAGGAGCCGGAGGGCGAGGAAGAGCCUCCUGUGUCGCCAUUUGUGCACACUUAUGAGGAUUUCCUGCGUCGCUUCCCUGAACCGCAUGCGAUCCAACAAUCGAUGGUGGCACCGCAUGUUCGGCCAGCAGGGACCCCUGCACCUAAUUAUGCUACCCCUGUUCCAGUUGCUCCGUCAAGGCCUCCGCCUGCGGUUCCACGGCCCAGCUACAGUGGUGUUUCGGACGGCCGGCAGAUACAACCCACACUCGAGCGGCAGAACUCCGCGACCAAAACAGCCCUCUAUACGCCAAGCUCAAUGCUAAACCGGCUAAAGCUUCCCCGAACAGGCCUGACCAAUUUUGGGGUAACAUGUUACAUGAAUUCGACUCUCCAGUGUUUGAGCGCAACAGUGAUGCUGAGCAAGUUCUUCAUCGACAAUCGGUUCCGAUACUAUGUGCAAAAGAACUGGAAGGGCUCCCAAGGCGUCAUGCCCGGACUGUUUGCGAAUCUAAUCAGGUCACUAUGGAAGAACGACGUGGAGGUGAUCAUGCCAACCUCUUUCCGAAACUUCUGCGGACGGCUGAACCAAGAGUGGGCUAUUGAUCGCCAACAGGACGCCAAGGAGUUCUUCGACUUUGCGGUCGAUUGUCUGCACGAGGAUCUCAACAUUAAUUGGCAGCGGACGCCUCUCCGGCCACUGACUUUUGAGGAGGAAAUGCAGCGGGAGAGGAUGCCCGUUUCUAAGGUUUCGAAGAUAGAGUGGGAUCGGUACUGUCACCGCGAGGAAUCGUUCAUCUCUUCACUUUUCGCCGGCCAGCAUGCCAGCCGCCUGCGUUGCACCACAUGUAAGCGGACAUCAACCACGUACGAGGCUUUCUACAGCAUCAGUGUUGAGAUCCCCUCAUCGGGAACGGGCGACAUCUACCAAUGCCUUCGCAGUUAUUGCCAGGAGGAAUUGCUGAGCGGUGACGAGGUGUGGAAAUGUCCGUACUGCAAGUGCGAGCGAGUUGCAACAAAACAGAUCAUCAUCACGCGGGCUCCACAAAUCCUGGUAGUGCAUUUCAAGCGUUUCUCUGCGUCGAAAACCCAAACUGCACGAAAGAUCCAUACACCGAUCGAUUUUCCCUUGCAUGGGCUUCGGAUGGACGAUUUUGUCUUCUCAGCGCCGAACCAAGGGCCGACCAAUGGAAUACCGCAAGACCCGAUCGCGCCCACGGUGCCCCCCUUCACGUACGAUGCGUACGGUGUACUGCGGCAUAUCGGGGCCUCGAUGGGCAGCGGUCAUUACAUCUCCCUCGUACGGGACGCGCAGCGGCAAUGCUGGCGACGGUUCGACGAUGAACGGGUGAUGGACUUCAACCCGCGCGAUAUGCGGCACAAGGACCGGCUACAAAACGAACAAGCCUAUAUUGUUUUCUACGAGCGGGUCCCCGCGAAGUAA